ACUCUCUUGUCCAAUAACAGUCACUGUCGCAGAAAGACACAGAUGCGAGGGGAGACGAGUGGCAGUGUCAUGGCGCGACUCCCACUCAAGCCCAAUUUUAGCGGUGAAAUAUGGGAAUGGCAAGGAGUCGAGUACUGUCUGCCCAGACAUUCACAAAAUGAAUUCUCUCACUUAUUCUGGGAUGAAGUAAGCCAAAAUGAGGAUCAUUUGUUUUGCAAUCUGAACGAGCAUACUCCCAUAAAAAAAUGUUCAAAUCUGGGCCACCAAAUUACUGAUGUCAGAGAUGCCACCACCAAAGGGUUAGAGGAAUGUAGGGAACCCCUGCAGCUUAAAAGGAGGCGCACACUGCAGUUCACAUCUGAUAGUACUGAGGUGAUGGAGUGUUCAAUGGUGGAAGACGGGGUUUCAAAAAGCUUAGAGUGCAGUACUUUGGGCUUCUCUGAUGAUAGGUCAGCCUUUAAUUGUGGAGGGUUGGAUCAGUCAUCAGAUGAGUGGCUAGCAGAUUGUUUGAAUGAUGGCGAGAUACAAUGCAGCCCUGAUGAAAUGAAGAAUAUUGUGGUCUUUCAACUAGUUGAUGUUACGGAGUACUACCAUAAUUCACCUUCCAUGGAAACUGAUAUGGUGCCAGAGACUCCGGCUCCAGUGCAUCUGAAUGUUUUUCAAGGCAAGAAGUCUUACGUUAAAAUUCCAAGGAAGUUGAAUACCUCAAUUGCUUAUCCUUUUGCUCUCAUUGAACCUUGUGGAGUUCACAGUGAUGUCACUUUGAAUGACAUAAAUCAACGAAUUCAUGCUGCACCACCAUCAAGAUUGAAGCAUAAGAAGCAUGAGGAUCCAUCCCUUUUUAAUCCCACAUCAGCUUUUUCUGGGAAGCCUGUAAUUGUCAAAACAAAAGUUCGCACCGAAGGGGGACAAUGUAGUAUUACAGUCAUGAGAACAAAAGGUUGAGUAAAUAAGACUUCUUAAAUAUUUUGUCUCUAGCCUCAUACAGAUCACCUUAUGAUGAUCUGCACAUUGAGCUGUGGCUAUAUACUGUAGAGAUACUAAGGCAUUUGCAAUCUUCUUGUGAUGUUGAAUACAUGUUGGAUUUUGUUCAUUGAACUUAUUUCUUUGGGUGGGCUUAAGCUAUAUGCCUCCAGGUGUUUAAUGAUAUCUGUUACUCUGUUGUGCAGAUGAUGAUAGGAUAAUUCUAAAUUCCUAAUGUCCUACAUUUAUCUAUUUACAUUUUUUUUGGUACUGUUUUAGUGAGUAAACUUUCCUUAGUUGAUCAUGGCAUACAUUGUCAAGAAUAUUGAAUACUGUUGCGAUUGGAUUCGUGCAGAAUUAAUUGUCUUGUUUAAAUGAUACGUACUGCAGAAAAUCUGAUCAUCGUGGUUUGCUGAUAUGUGGGCCUCUAUUAUCAUCUGUUGUUCCAAAUUCGUAAAGACAAAUGUAGAUUUGAAUGCUACAUAUGGAACUCUUUGGUAAAUUUUACUAGCUCAUCUUAAUCCAAGGUCAUUCAGAUUCAUCUGCACUGAAAAUUUUACUAGGUUGUACUCAUCACUGUCUGCUUAAGAUGAUGUUCUUAAGCCACUGGUAGAAAUGGGAUAACACUUUCACUGACAUGAAUAUUGUCUAUUGACAUUAUUGAUAGUAAAUAUAUCUGGUUUUGCUGAAAUUGAGUGAAAGCUAACUAGGUGUGUAAUAAUCAGCUGGUGCAUGGACUAUUGUGCAGUUUUCUUGAUACUGCUAUAUUGUCCAUGCUAAGGCCUAGUAUUACUAUAUCAUACAUAAUCUCACUGAUUGUCAUCAUUUUCUAAUGCUUUUGCUGUGCUGAUAAAUUUUACAUUUGUCUUAUUUUUAAGGAGUAUGGGCAGUUUCCUGGAGGUUAUACACUGGCAGAGUAAUUGGGGUAUUGACUGCUUCAUUGUAGUAGAUACUUCAGUCUAUCUUUAGCUUUAUUUAAAAAGUUCAUCUACUAGCAUGAUCUUGGACAGAUUCAGCUUAAAUCUUCAUCAAGCCAAUCUGAGUCUAGGUUUGGCUUUUUGUGAAUUUAUAAUAAUAAAAACAACAACAACAACAACAACAGCAAAAUUAUUUGUCAUUAUUGAGUUGUUUUCAGAUAGAGUUCUCUUUACAUGAGGUUUUGUGUGAUUACACAUUUUCUGAAAAGAAAAUUCUUUUCAUAGGUUUAGCUAGGAUUUUGUAAUACCCCAAAUGUAAUUCGAGGACCUAAUUCUACGUAUAAAAAUUACAGGGGCUAAAACGAAAAAUGGUUAAGAGAAGGGUUUUCACCCCCUCGCUUCCCACCCCUCUCAGCUGCCUUUCUCACAAGUAAAAGAGGCACUGCAUGGGAGCGUGAGGUAGAGAAAGAAACUGGAAAGGGAAAGAAAAGAAGAAGAAGGGAAGGAAGAAAGAAAUGAAGUGGAAGGAGAAAGAGAGAGGCCUCGGCUCAGAGAAGAAGAGAAGGGAGAAAGAAGAAGAAAGAAAAAAAAAAAAGGAAAACAGAACAGAAGAGGAGGGGAAAAGAGAGAGGAAGAAGAAGGAAAGAUAAGAAGAAGAGACGGCAGAAAGAAGAACAAGAAAAAAAAAGAAAACAGAACAGAAGAGGAGGAGAAGAACAGAACAAGAAGGGAAAAGAGGGAAGGAGAUGGAGAAGGAAAGAUAAGAAGAAAAGGGGAGGAGGAAAGGAAGAUAAAAAGAAAAUUAGAAGAGGAGGGAGAAGGAAGAGAGAGGAGAGGAAAGGAAGACAAAAAAAGAAAGAAAAAUAGAAUCCGAGCAGAGGAGAAAGAAAUACAGAGGAAGGAAGUGAGAAGUGAUCUGCAUCAGAGAUAAGAAAACAAGAGAAAAGAGAAAGAAAAUAGGAGAAAAUUAAGAGCAAAUUGUAUUGAGGAUUUGGUUUGAUAUCAACUGAAUUCAGAUCAAGUUUAGGAAAAUUAUAUGUGAUAUGAUUUUGAAUUAUCUUGUAUUCUUAUCAAUUAGAUUUGUGUUUUGGAUUAUAGAUUAUUGAAUAUUAAUGUUCUUAGUUAA